UUUUGGAUCCACAUUUUUUAAGUUUUCUCUUUUAAUUUUCAUUUUUUCUCGGUAUUUUCGUUUGGAUUCUUUCAACUUUUCUUUAUUCUUUUGGCAAUAUUUUCGGACAGAUUCUUUCCUCUUUUCUUUAUUCUUUUGGCAAUAAUUUUGAUUAGAUUCUUUCACCUUUUCUCUAUUAUUUUGGUAAUAUUUUUGGUCAUGUUCUCGCCUCUUUUCUUUAUUAUUUUCUCGGUAUUUUUGGGAGUAUUCUUUCAACUUUUCUUUAUUGUUCUUGUAGUAAAUUCGCUUUCUUUCUUGUAUCUUUUCUUUGUUAUUUUGGUAAUAAUUUAUAUCAUAAUCUCGCCUCUUUUUUUCAUCAUUUUUAGUUGUGACCUUUUUUGCAAUUUUAGGUAUUGGUUUUAACCUUUCAUCUUUUUGUAUUUGAGCAUUAACCGAUAAUUCAGCCCUAUCGUUAUCCUUUGAGGUUUCCCCAACUCUAGUUACCUCAUUUUUAUCUUUAUUAUUUUUAACAGAAUUAAUUAAACUC